AUGGAAACUCCAUCAGCAUCAACACCUGCCGUACCACCUACGCGACAUGCCAAAACAACUGGGCAUCAUCCAACACCAUCUGCCUUGUUAGACAAAACAACAAAAGCAACAACGAAAACCUCAACAGCAAUACGGACGAGUCCAUCAUCAUCAUCAACGCCUGUGGCACCAUCAACACCAGAUGCAUCACGCUACACCUGCCCGCAGAAUUUGGAACCGAACUACCAAACAUUUACAUACAGGGACCAUUGCUACCAGUUUGUUACCAAGGAGGAUUGGAGGUCAACUGCACGAGAAUAUUGCCGAAAAUACCAGGGCCACCUCAUAGAGAUACCCGAUCAGAGUACCAUGGACUUUGUAAUUGAUGUACUAAAUAAGAAACUAAAGUGGGGUGUAAACGGAGUUUGGAAUGGAGCGACUGACCAACGCGAAGAAGGAGUUUGGGAAUGGGAUGGUUCAGACAAUCCUGUAAUCUACUCAAACUGGGCACAAGGUCAACCCGGUGGUCUUGCAAGGUGGACGGAGGACUGCGCAUGUAUGAGGAGGACGGACAACUGGCAAUGGCACGACUAUGGCUGUAGUCAGCCAGGUUACAGCUACAGAUACAUUUGUCAAUAUGAUUUAGUGGAAAAUAUCACCACAAAUAGUUUGCUGUUAUCUACUCAGACAGUGACACCAAGGCUAGAAAGCACAAGCAAAACGAAACAGCAGUCAUUACCACCGACAGCACUGAUAUCAAAGGCACCUUUGUCAGCAAACAGAACGACACCCAAAAAACCUCUUUCAACAAGAACAACAAUCCGAACAAUAACAGCAAAGCAGUCGCCGUCUAUUUCAAGAAAGCCAUCUUCGUCUUCAUACCAUCAAACCUCUGUCACGACACCGUCAUCAACUCCAACCAGUGUAAAAUCAUCAACAUCGCGAACCAACCCGCAGAUUGACGUCUCGCCAUUCCCAGUGCAAGGGCGCACGUGUCCCCAAACAUUGGGGACAGAACAUAAGACCGUGGUUUAUAACGGUUCCUAUUGCUACCAGUUUGUUGAUAAGAGCGUCACUUGGAACGAUGCUUUAGAUUAUUGUCAAAGGAGAGGCGGCGCGCUGGUUGAGAUAUAUGGGCAAGAAACUAUGGACUUUAUCGCAGAGGUCCUCAGGAGGAAUUUCAGUUGGAAUGCCGUGUGGAUAGGUGCAAGUGACGAGGAGAAGGAAGGGGAAUUUAAAUGGAGAGGGUCAGGCAGAGAGGUGACCUACUCAAACUGGGCACCCGGCCAACCCUCGGGGAUCUGGACAUUGGGCCUUGAAGACUGCGUGGCCCUAGAGAAGGCUGACGGCUAUAAGUGGCAUGACUAUCACUGUAGCAUUGGUACACAGAAACUGAAAUUAAUUUGUCAAUACGAUUUAGUUGAAAAAAACACACCAUCAGUAGAACAAACAUCCAUUGCUUCAGCGACAAAACAUACACCAACUAGUGCAACAUCAGGGUAUAUAUCAACAACAACGACAACGUCGGAGACACCAACAGAUACACCAAUAACGGGUUCCUUGACGACAGCAGCUAUGUCGGACACCACGUGUCCACCGGAAGUGCGUACAAAUGAACGCCACGUGUACGGCGGUCAGUGUUACCAGUUUGUGGAUCGUGCCGUCACGUGGGUUGGCGCUUUAAACGACUGCGAGGUCAAAGGUGGACGGCUACUUGAGAUAUAUGACGAAGAUACCAUGAGAUUUAUCGCCAGGACACUAACUAAUUACUAUAGAUGGGAUACCGUUUGGACCGGAGCCAAUGACAGAGGGAAGGAGGGUCAAUUUAUAUGGAGAGGAACAGGCUGGGAAGUUACCUACACUAACUGGGCACCUGCUCAGCCGUCCGGUAUCUGGGCAUUUGGACUUGAAGACUGCGUGGCUUUGGUGAAAAAUGAUGGCUACAAGUGGCACGACUUUCACUGUAAUAUAGGAACGCAGCAGUUCAGGUUUAUAUGUCAGUAUGGCCCUUUACCCACAACUUCGCCUUCGGUACCACUUACAUCGUCAUUGCCAUCCCAGUCUAGCAGAAAGGGUGAGGUGACCUCGACUACUUCGUCGCCCCGAACAAUGUUAUCCCAGUCUAGCAGAAAGGGCGAGGUGACUUCGACUAGCACGCUACCCCAAACGACGGCUGUUGAUACAGCAAAAGGACCUCUUUCACUGAAAAAUCAAGACGAGCAUGGGGUUUCAAGCUCAAACAACAAAGGAUAUUGA